GCAGGAAGGACAGAGCGACCGAUGUGAUGUGCUGAGAUGCGAGACUUUUUCUGAGAUGUUGGAUUCCCAACAAAUAAAAACAAGAAAUAUUUUCAGUGCGUAAAUCUCACGCAGGUUAAAACUCCACGUCAUCCUCUAAGAGUAUGUUGAAAGCUUUGAUUGGACUUUGCACCCUUCAUCUCACAACUAUCUUUUUACUUUUUUGGGCUACUAUUGACGAUGCUUGGUGGUUUACAAGAACCAUGUACACAGACCUGUGGGGGAGAUGGGUGAUGGAGAGAAAUGAUGAUGUCUGGGUAUACAUGGACAUACCGACAUCUUACAGAAAAGAUUACUUGCAGGCAGUGCAGGCCUUUGCAGUAUUGGCCUGCCUCUUUUCAGUCAUCUCCCUUUGUGUUUUCUUAUUUCAACUGUUUAUGCUGGGGAAAGGAAAGAGGUUUACAAUCGCUGGAGUUCUGCAGCUUAUGUCAUGCUUCUGUAUUAUGGUCGCUCUGUCAGUCUACACGGAUCAUUUCCACAGAGAAGAGAAAGAUGGCUGGUAUGGCUGGUCAUAUAUCAUGGCUUGGUUUGGCUGGCUGCUCACGCUAAUCAAUGGUACCAUCUACGUUAUCCUGCGCAAGAAGGUGGAUUAAAUUGGGAAACUGUGUAAAGUGCAAAAAAUAAAGCUAGUAAGGGCUAGUUAGCAAGAGUGAUCAUGGUGAUAGAUUCUUGUGAUUGUCACUUGCUGAUAGUCUAAUUAUCCAUUUGGAAUAGGAAUUUCUUUUGGUGUAUUUCCAGACUAUAAAACUUUUUACCUGAGAAUUUGAAUUGGAUUCCUGACAAGUUCAGGAAAACAUUACUUGAAGCCUUGAUGUACUUGAGAUCUUCAGAUUUCCAAAUUAUCAAACGGUUAUAUUAUAUUGUGUAUAAAUUAUGGGUCACUGAACCAUGAACACUAUGCCCAUGUGCGAUACUGGAUAAAAUGAAGUUCUUUAGAAUUAAAAUGGAUUGUUAUUUUUUUUUUAAAGAUUAUAGGCCAUUCAAGGUUUUAAUGGUCUGCCACUAUAAUGAUAGACUAAAAGUGAACUGAUUAUAAAGAUUAGUCAGUCAUUGAAAUUAAUUCUGCAUGUAAUUAGGCUGACACAUGCACACAAUUAACUUUGGCACACAGUUAAGUACCAAAUACUUGACAUUGUUAAUCUGAUGUCUGAUCUCUUCGUUUCUUGAUGCCCGCCACAUAUAAUUAGUGUGCUUUUAUGGGAGCGUGAUGAAGAUGCAGGAAUUUAAUAUGAAGUUUAUGGAAAAAAUGAAAAUGUAUUCUAUACAUAAGUCACAGGUGUGUAAAUAUAUAUAUUGCAAAGUAAAUAAUAUAUAGACAGACGCUGUAAAAUUAUAGUUUUGAAAGAAUACUGAUAAAAAAAAAACCAUUUUUUUCACAUUUGUUCAGAGCUACUUAUUUGUAUCACUUGUAAGGCCACAUCAUAUUUAGAUUUUGUCCUGGCAUUUUACUUUUUAAAUUUUUUUUUAAUGUAUUAUGCUUUCUUCUAUCUGCCAACAUACCACACAGUAUACCGCACAAGUCUGGAAUCACGACCAACAGAAUUAGAAAAUUCACCUAUUUCCAUUUGUCUGGUGCUGUAACAUUUUCUAUCUUAACUAGUAAAUGCAGUAAACGUAUCUGCAUUCAUCAAACCCUACAGAGAAAAAUGUGUCAUCCCAGAUUAUAAAGGGCUUGUGCUUUUACUGGUGUGGCUGUUACAUGUUAAGAGAACUGAUGUAAUGAAAGCUUAUUAAAUGUUCAUGUCAUGUUAUUAUGCAGUAAAUCCUGACUAUUUAAAUGAUGGAAGGUUGCACCAUCCAGUUGGUUUAUAAGAAAUAAUUUCGAGGUUGUUAAUAUUUAAGGAAGAAUUACAAUAAUACUCAGUGAUGCUCCAGGAAAGAGGUUAAAGUAGUACAAUUAAAUUAGACGAGUCAUGGAUGAGCGUGUCUGGGAUCAGAAGUGUACAUUAUUGUUUAUC